CGACGUUGGUUUUCCCGCUGCCCAGCGCCUUUUGGGCCUGUCCGGCAUGGGCUUCAUCGAUGCUUGCUCAAAACCUGUGAUAAAUAAGGCAAAAAUCCUUCCAACGCCGUUCAGCCGCACCAGGCGUAUACUUUGACUCUCAUCGAGGCCAAAACCCCAGAACACGAUCCCUCUGGCGUACAAUACAAUGCGAGGGCCUGAGAAACAAUCAUGAACAAGUUGACUCAUUGGAGCGAUUAGCUGGCAUUAUGGGCUAGAUAAGGCCCUCGCCAAACUUAUGCCCACCUCAACAACAUAAAGGUGGAUAAGAAGCACGAUAUAAUCAGCGCUAGACUCAAGGUCGAUUCUCUUUUGCUGCGUUAUCGCACUCCCGACAUCAAGGCCGAAACAUGGCCCCAUAAUGAAUACAAUAACAACUCGAAUCCAACAAUAGUACUACACAUGAGACAAGGGAAUAUGUUACGCAAGGCAACAGCAAAUCGAGCUACUUGAGUGAGAUCGUCGUCAUGAUGCUACUCUGGGUCGAAGCAUAGCGCCAUGUUCUCCUCUACCAUGUAUAUGGUGCUGAUUAUCAUAGUAGAAACGAUGAUGGACAGAGGACUAAAACAUAUAAAGCCAGAGUGCCCUUUGAUCCGAAGGCCCAAUGCAGUGACGUGACUCACUCACUCUUUUCUCUCUUAUUGUUCUCUAAUCCACCAAAAUGGGCAAGACGUCUCGCUUCCUCCAUCUCGCCUUGGCAGCUCAUGCUGUUGUUGUCUCAUGCCUCAAGCCUGAUAUCCGUGCUGACUCGAAUCGGGACGGCUUGGUCGACGUGGAAGGCUCCUCAGACUCAGGAAAUAAAGCGCUCUGGACUCCGCAGCAUGGGGCCAUCUUUCUACCCAACAUUGGUGAUAAACAUAUGCGAUGCACCCGGACAGACGCUGUUGGCAACCCAUGGAGCAAUGAUGAACUCUCUGCCUGCCAUGAUGCUUCGGGCCACCUUCUUCUUGCGCCAGAAUAUGUCGCGCCGCUCAAGACACUCCCUCUGAACGUCUCGGAGGACGCGGAGGCUCAUAUCUAUGCAACACCCCGAGCUGCAUACGACCGGGUCCGGCUGUUUGUUCUUGACAAUCCCUCGGACACCAACUCGACAACAUCAUGGCGUCUCAUUGACCAGGAAUUCUCGUUCAACUCAACCCAACUACUCUCCGGGAUUACCCUUGGUAUUGAUGGGCGGGAGCUCGCGACAAACUCCUCCGUCUGGGAUGGCUUGGUUACCGUCCGAUUCGAUGUAACUGACGGAGCCACUCAUGCUUCGGAUGCCGUCGCCCUAAAGAUGGCCCCAGUCCUUACACACAACCACCUCCAGACCGUGGAAACACUAGUCAGCACAGCGUCCAACUCCUCUAACCCAAUCCAGCUCGAUUUCGUGCACCAACUCGAUGAAGCACGUGAGGAAGCAGGUAUCACCAGCCCACUCCUCCUCUUCAACCAGUCCUCUGAUAUCUGGGCCCAAGACUUCAUCGAGCCAGGCUAUGCCAGCAUGCCCGGUCCCAGCGGGCCCAUCUCCAUUCGCGUGCUCCUGCGCUCCCCACAGUCCACGCGAACGGGUGGCCGACAGGUCUUUGAGCAACUCCGCGGUCCAGGCAUCGGAGGCUUUCAACCGGUCAGCGGCUCAGGUUCAGGAUUUGGUCAUCGCGAGAUCGACAGCUACGGGAACCUCGAGACCAUUCCGCCGUACACAUCGAAGAGUGGAGUCUCCUACAGAGCAGGUCGCAUAAUCAUGGGCAAACACUUUGACGAGCUUCCCGCUAGAGCCCUCCUAGACUUUCUCUACACACAGCAGGUUCAGUCUCCCCUGAUCCUCGAAGCCGGCUGGCUGGUUGUUGGUCAUGUCGACGAAUUCGUGCAAUUCCUGCCCUAUGACAACGACCUCGGCUUCACGAUUAGCAUCGCAGAUACAGAAUCGGCCAUGGGUCUCCUCAAAGACCUCGAAGCGAACGGCUACGGUAACACACCCGCCAGCAGCUACGAGCCCUCCCCUGAUGUAACUCUUUACGAGCCCAGCCUCAACCUCACCAUAACCGAACUCCUCCAAAACUCCACCUUUACCUCCGCAAAUGCCUACGCACAACGCCACAUAGACGCGAACCUACAAACCCUCCUUUCCGAAAUCCCCCUAGACCCCUCGGACAUAGUCCGCAUCCCAACCCUCUUCCGCGACUCGAACUUCCCCUUCGACAUCUCCCAAGGCAUCAACGGCCUCCCAGGACGUGUGAGUCCCACCAUGGCCGGCGAAAGGAGGCUCGUGUCGUUCUACCCGGCUUCUAUCAAUGGCAUUGUGCUUGGCAAGCGGUAUUUGGGUCCGAAGUCCUGGGGUCCUGUGGUUAAUGGGACGGAUGUCUUUGCGCGGGCGGUUGAGGGGGCGUAUGGUAGGGCUGGGAUGAGUGUGAGGUGGAUCGAUGACUUUUUGAGUCAUCAUGUUUGGGGCGGGGAGGUUCAUUGUGGGUCGAAUACGUUGAGGCAGACGGAUCUUGUUUGGUGGGAGUAGAUGCAUUAUUAGAUUUCUUGAGGGGUGGAUUCUGGAGUGCAUGUAGUAAACUAGUUCGAGAAACCUUGAUGUAUGAUCGAUUGGCUGGAUGGGGCAGGGCCGUGGGUUGUGGGAUUUUGGUGUUUUUGGAUUGGCAAUUAUACUUAUUUGCAGAAAGAGUCCUUGGGACUUUAGAGCCUUAGAAAGUACUUGAUGUUUUAUUUGACAGCUCGGACCUAUUACUUAGGCUGUUGUUCGUCAUGAGUUAAGGCUUGAUACUACAAGGUUACGCUCACAAGAUUAGAUAGGGU